ACUAAAUAAUGCGUAUUCAAUCUUCGGUAUCGCCCUCUACAUCUGAGGCAUUCCCAUCUGAGGCAUGGCUCCGUUCAUACCCCCAUUUGGCAUCAUUCCAGGAUUUGGCAUGCCUCCAACACCAAAACUGGACAUGUCUGGUCCUCCCAUGCCACCCAUUUGUGGUGGCAUGCCUCCCAUUCCUCCGUUUUCAAGCAUGAGAACACCUCCCCCGAAACCAUUCAGGUUUCCAUAGGUGGCAGCGAUUCCAUCCUGUGCAUCAUCUUCCUUAGGUGGUUCGGUACGCUUUUCCAAGUCUUCGAUUCGCUGAUGAGUUCUCUUGAAAGUUUGUACGAGGAAGGGCAUAACGAAGUUAGUGUACCCAUUGAGCCAUCCAAGUUCGAUAACAACAUCUGGACUGAUGUGAGAAAAGCAUGUGUACAAGGCUGCGCAGAAGCAUUCCUUUUCAGAAGAAUCACAGAAGAAACGAAGAAGGCUUUCGAUAAUCUCGCUGUCCCCAGACUCGUUGGCAGUAUCGAUACAAUCCUUCCACAUGCGAUCAUUCUUCGACAAAUCGAUAGACUGACUCCAUUUCUUGUUGCAUCGGUAGACGUAUGCUGAGAUGCGACGGAACUCCAACAGCUCGUGAGUGGCCAAUUUAGAAGCAAGAGCAAUCAUAUUGAAGUUGUUGAAUCCAUCAAUAGAUUUUCUCAAGGAUUCAUAAUCUUCAUCCUCUACGUAGAGCUCAUUGAGAGCCUCAUUCACAGGGCUGAGAUUAUUCUUUUGCACCGACUUGAGGUAGUCUUGUCCGAGCUGCAACGCAUGAUCACCAGAUCGGCGCAACUGACUGACUACGCGAGAAUGGUCAAUGCUUUCUUCCAAAACUUCCAUGAGUCGAGUAAACAGAUCUGGAUGCAUUGUGAGGUAGUAAUUCACAGCCUUGUACAUGAUCUCGUUGUUUCUGACCUUGACGACAGCGUCCAAGAAAAUGUCGUUGUCGAAGGAAUUGGCUCUUUCAAUCAUGAUCUUGAUAGCGCUAUCAUGCUGUUUGUCAUGGGUAUACAAGUACACAGCAGGGUCCCAUAGCCUAGCGCGUUCGCAUGCGCGUACUACCUUCGAAACAUUGAGCUUGCUGAAGAAAACCUUGCAAUGUUCCAUCGCUUUGUCAGGGACGUGCUUCGUGUACAGCACACCGAGCUCAGUAAAGAUUCCAAUAUGAGCGUCCUCGAUUCCAAUUCCUUGUUCGAAAAGCGCGAUCACUUGAGUGAAGCAUCCCAAGUCGGAAUAGUAUGCUACUACCUCAUCAAUGUGAUCAGGGUACUUGAUAACCUCUAGACCACAGGUGGAAGCGAGACGGAACUCCUCAGCUCGCAGACAGGCAAAGCAUACAUGCUUCCACGUUGAAACAUUGUUGGCCUUCUGCGCAGCUGCAACAGCCUCUCUGAAUUCUUCGAGAUGAAUGUGACAAAGCGCAAGUUUCGAGUUGUUGUUGAUGCUAAUGAAUAGGAUCUUCGCCGCAUGAUAGAGUCCUUCACUGAAGCACCGGUCACCAAUAUUCUGGAUAUUAGACACAUUGGGGCCAGUCACGAAUUGCUCCAACUCAGUCAGAUUGUUCGUCUUUGCGUAAGCAUAGAUUAACUCAGUAUCGAUGACAUUCUCUUGCAUCGACUUGCGUGCCAUCUUGAGAUAAGGGAUAAGCUCAGACCAAAUUUCACCUUCGUUCGCUUCAGCACAGACCUUAAUGUACUCGCUGGCAUCCUCUGCGUUGAUGAAUGAGAGAAUCGCUUCUGAAGCUUCCUUGGCAUCGAGUUGAGCCUUACCGAGCUUCGACCAAACAGGCUUUUCAUCACAUUGAGUUGCGUACGACUUGGCUCUAUCCAAAUCCUUCAUGAAGUCAACGAGAACACCAAUGGCAAGAACCUGCAACUCGACCUGUUCGUCCUUGUCUUGAGUAUACUCUGGCUUCGAGAACUUCGUGUAGAUACUGAAUCCUUCUUCGAAAAGAUUGUGGCUCUCGGAAACACAAAUGAGAGCAAUAUCCUUCGCAUCAAAGUUGUCCAGUUGAUCAAUGUAACCUGAAACUCUAGUAGCAUCAGCCCGAAUGGCAGUGAGAAUAAGAAGGUUUUGCAAGUUCUUGUUGUCUGAAAAGUCUGAUCCUUGCAGAACAAUGCGCUCCAAAAGAGUGAUAAGCUCUCCUGGAAGAUCAGCAGCCAUAAAGGCCUUCACUGUGCAUGAUACUUCAUCAGCGGAAGUACUCUCAGGAAGGGCCCAUUCAACAAUUUGAUCGAUCAGUUGACGACGAGAACCUUCGUCACUCUCUUCUUGACCCUCUUCCUUGUUGAGAACCUUAGCCCACAAUUCCAAGUCCUGGCGUUCCACGAGGUAUUUUGCGAGAUCGCGAAAAAGACCGUGCUUUUGACUGAUAGAGAUGAGCUCUUCAUCACAUUCACCAGCACCCUUCUUGUACGCAGUAAAUGCAAGUUGGGGAUCAAGGGCUUCACAGUAAGGUCCUAGAACCUUGGGAUCGUAAAACAUGUUGUUCGUCAAGAAUGCCUUGGGAUCGCGGUUGAGAGUGAUGUAAAUCUUUCCAAGGGCAUUGUGAGUUCCUUGUUCAGUGCUUCCGGUUGCAACACGGGCUUCGAGCCACGGUUGAAGCAAACGAAGGCGGUUUCGAGUCUCGGCUAUUUCAACCAGAUCAUCCACUGGGCAAGCAGUUCCAACAGCCAUCAAGAUUCUCUUGAUGAAAUCUUCAUUAGCACCCAAGUCGAAAAGCUUUCCGAUCACUUGGGGGGUCUUUUGUGGUGAUACCUUAGUAACAUAAACCUCGACGUAUUGAAGAAGACUGUUGAGGUAGAGGUAGUCGGUCAACUCGUCAACAAAGUCGAAACGAUCACAGACGUGAAUUAAAGGGCGUGGAUCUGCUAGUUUUGCACCCAUAAGGUAAUCCUUGACUUCUUUGGGGACAUAUACGUUGGAAUCACGACAAACACGUUCCGCUUCCUUGAAUUGACCUAGCAUACAGGAUGAUUGAAUGUACUUGAAGUGAACGAAAGAAUCUUCGGAAAAAUUGACAAUAGAUCCGAGGUAGUAGUACAAUCCUUCAGUUGCCUUGUUUUGUUCAAAUACCUCCACUAGAGCCUCAGAACCGAGCUCUUCGUGAUACUUCUUGGCAACUUCAACGCACACCUGCAUAUUUUGGGGGCCACGGCUCAUCAUGUCCUUAAGGAGUGAAAUACUUUGAUCUCUGCUCAGCUUUCCAAAAAAAUCAACCACGAAUUCUUGAGACAUCUGGUGACUAUUCUUGAAACAACGCUUGAUAUCAGCGAUUUCACUGAAGUUCUCAGCAGCACGUUGCCACAUGCCAGCUCGUUCACAAAGCUUUGCUACAUGAUUCUUGUCAUAGUGGGUCAAUGUUCCUUGUUGCAUAAUGGCAUCGGCCACUUGUGGUGCUCCACCGAUCAAGUUGAUUUCAAGUAGCUUUGUCUGAAGAUAAUUGUGUUCUGGCUUGUUGUCCUUCAGAGCUUCAAGUAAGAACGCUGUGGUUUCUUGGAUACGAUUACUGCUCAAAAAUGCCUCCGCAGUCUGCUGGAUAUCAAUGUAGGGGCCACCUUCGGCACUGACCAACCCCUUCGCAAGAUCCAAAGCUCCGGCGGGAUUGUUGAACAAAAGCUGACUCAACAUUUGCGAGUAAUCCAUUUUGAACCCAACGCUGGUGGAGUACGGUACAAUUUUAUCGUAUUCGCCACGUUGAGCAAAGCAUUGGAUUGCCUUUGCAUGACUUUCAGCUCGAAGGUACACACUUAGUGCCAUGCCUACAUCGACCGGCAUGAUCAGAUCACCAAGCUGUUCGGAGCACUGAAGCUUAUCUUCUUUCAACCAUUUCUCCAAAAGAGGAGUUCGCUGUUGUUGAAUGACAGGCUUUGCGACUUCGAUACUUUCUUGUUCAUUUAGCCGACCACUUUCCAGUAGAACCGAAAAGUAUUGCAAAACUGGAGGGACACCAUUUGGCUGUGCCGGAAUCUGUUGGAAUCUAGCAAUGGUGGCUGGCGUACGAAGUGCGGUUCCAGACGAAGCAACAACCAAAGCAGCUUCCCUGACUUGACCAGCACCGAUGAGUUGCUCAAAUUGAGCGGCCAUCAAUUGCUCGGCACCUGGCAAAUUCAAUCUUCCUGCAAGUUUGACUGCCAACUCAGCAUUACGCAAAGUCUGCAUAAUGUAGGGUACAACGUGUUGCGUAUUCAGCUGAAGACGCAAUACUUUUCCAGUCCGGACGGUGAUUCCGAACACAGCUCCUGCAGAAUCGGAAGCGCAAGUGAGGAAAAUUGUUUCAUUCGAGAUCUUGGCACGAUAAAUGAUGGACCCCGAGUGGACAUCAAACAUGUAUACAUAUCCAGCCUUGGUUGUCAAAUAUGCGAUGUCGUCCUUCGAGAUGGUAAGAUUCACGGGGAAAUCGGAAGCAGCUUCCGGAGGAACUGGAAUAGGCUGUGGCGGAAUCACGAAUGGGGCACCUAGGCUAGGAUCCCGGCCGAUCUCUCGGAUGUAAAGCUGAGGUGGCGCACUUGGGUUUUCAGCCUUCUUCUCGUGAAAGACUAAGACCUGCGCUAGAUCAGAUCUGCCCGCCAGUUUCAAAUGAGCAAAGGCGCCAGCAUGUCCUUGCAACGGUUGAGACACCUUUCGAUCCAUUGAAAAAAGCUGCAUAUUACCGUUGACAACUCCUUGACCACCCGCAGAGAUUCCACCCAACAAGCACCACUUGCCGUCUGGGGACACACGAUAGUUGAUGAUUUGAGUGUUCGCACCCAUGGUUGCAUGGCGAUCGAAUACCUUCACGGGUGGGCCUUGUCCCUCCAAUGACCAGUGGUAUACUGCGGUCGCCGUGACCAUACCAAGGUUUGUGGGCGAAGUCCAUUUCCAGAAGACAAGAGGUUCGCUCAUGUCGUGCGAGUUAAGUUUUGCCUUGGUAUCUAGGUUGAACAACUGAACCCUGGUGGCGCUUCCAACAUUCGAUCGAAGUGCCAAAAUUUUCUGGGCUGGAUUCAUAAUAGCGGCUUCUGCUUGAAUAGGUUUACGGUCAACCUGCGCUCCUUGCCGCAAAUCAAUCAUCGCCACUUGACCUUCCUCGCGGCAGACGAUGAAAUGGUCGGAUUCCAUUGUAGUCAGUCCAUGUUUGAUAGAA